AUGGCCUAUAAUCCAAAAGUGAACGGUAGUUUCCGUAAACAACAACAAUAUCAUGAAGAUAAACCAAAAAUAAAAAAUUUUACUCCACGUGUACCACAAUGGCAAAAAAUUGAUGAAGAAAUUAGUGAAUUAACGGCUAAAUACAAUAAGAUUGAUCCGUCAUCGAUUGAAUCGUUUACAGAUUUUCCACUGAGUAGAAAAACAUUGAAUGGAUUAAAAAAUUGUGGAUAUUCAGCACCAACCGAUAUUCAGCGUGAAGCUAUUGGAGUUUCAUUACAAGGACGUGAUGUGCUUGGUGCAGCUAAAACUGGCAGUGGAAAAACAUUAGCAUUUCUUAUACCAAUUCUCGAAUGUUUAUAUCGUUCAAAAUGGACAUUAAAUGACGGUCUUGGUGUUUUAAUUAUAUCUCCAACGCGUGAAUUAGCUUAUCAAACAUUUGAAAUAUUGAAAAAAAUUGGUCAAUAUCAUGAUUUUUCAGCCGGACUCAUUAUUGGUGGAAAGGAUUUGAGAGAUGAACGAGAUCGUAUUAGUCGAACGAAUAUUAUCGUUUGCACACCAGGGCGAUUACUUCAACAUUUAGAUGAAACAUCAAAUUUCAAUUGUGACAAUUUGAAAAUGUUUGGUAGGAUAAAUGAAAGUACGCAAUCGAUAACAGAUUUUACUUUCUAUAUUGUUGUUUCAGUUUUGGAUGAAGCUGAUAGAAUACUUGAUAUGGGUUUUGCUGAUACAAUGAAAUCGAUUAUUGAAAAUUUACCAAGUGAAAGACAAACACUCUUAUUCUCAGCUACUCAAACAAGAUCUGUUCGAGAUUUGGCAUUACUCAGUUUAACAAAACCAGUGUACGUGUCCGUUCAUGAGAAUUCUCUUACAAGUACACCAGCGACACUUACUCAGAGUUACAUUGUUUGUGAGAUAUCUCAGAAAAUCAGUAUUAUUUGGUCAUUUAUUAAAAAUCAUUUAAAAUCAAAGAUGCUCAUUUUUCUACAAAGUUGUAAACAAGUUAAAUAUUUAAAUGAUGUCGUAUGUAAAUUACGUCCUGGUCUGCCGGUAUUGGCACUUUACGGUUCGUUAAAUCAGUUGAAACGAAUGUCUGUUUAUGAUACAUUUUGUCGAAAACAAUAUGCAUGUUUAUUUGCAACAGAUAUUGCGGCAAGAGGCUUAGAUUUUCCUGCUGUGGAUUGGGUUAUUCAAUAUGAUUGUCCACCGGAUGCAAACACCUAUAUUCAUCGUGUUGGUCGAACAGCUAGAUUUGAAAAAGGUGGUGAAGCCUUGUUGUUAUUAACUGAACGAGAAGAGCGUGGUAUGAUAAAACAACUUGAAGAUAAAAAAGUACCGCUAAAUAAAAUUGAAGUAAAUCCAAAUUAUAUUCAUGAUUUAACUCCAAAACUUCAAGCUUUAUGUGCACAAUAUCAAGAAUUGAAAGAGGAAGCAAAAAGGGCGUUUACCUCCUAUUUACGUUCACUUGUUCUUAUGGGUAACAGACGAGUGUUUGACGUUCAUUCUCUUAAUACCGAUCAAUUAGCCUUAUCUCUUGGUCUUGUAACAACACCAAAAGUUCGAUUUUUGAAAAAACGGUUGGCUCAACAAGAGAAGAAACAAGAGAAGUUAACUACGUCACAAGAUAAUGAUCAUCCAAUGCCAGUGAAUCAACGGAGAACUGCCGCUGAACAAAUAUCGCUGAUUGAAUUCAAUGCUGAUGAAGGCAAUGAUGAAUUAUUUACGAUCAAACGAACAGAAAAAUAUGACGAUACUCCCCAUAUAAAUUCCGCGCAGCUCGAUAAAUCUAAUGAUAUUGUUGCUCGACCUAAACGAGAUCGAUUAUCAAAAGUAAAAUUGGCAAAAAAAUUAAAAAAGAAAAACUUAUUAAUUAACAGUCGUGUGCAAUAUGACGAUGACGGAAAUCCAAUCAAUCAGUCUGUCAACGAAAGUAAUAUGGAAUUAGAACGAGGGCAAAGCGACGACGAAAUAUAUAAUGUUGAAAAAGCCAAAGAACGUUUAAGAAAAAUUGAUGAGAUGGAUAAAGAACUUUAUCGUGAACAUGUCAAGCAAAAACAUCAGGUACGACGUAUAAAAGAAAAAGAAGUAAAACGUCAAAAACAACAACGCGAUAAACAAAAUGAAAGUUCAAGUGCUACUGAUGAAGAAGAUACUCAUGAUACAAUAAAUAUUGAGGAGACUUCACUUGAAAACAACAAAUAUGAACAAGAGGAAAGCAACAUUUCUGAUGAUAUCGGUUUUCAACCUAAAAAAGUAGAAAUAGACAAUGACGAUGGUGCUGAACGAGUGGUAACAAAGACAAAAUUGAAAAGAAAACAUAAUGAAUUACUUUCCAUUGAUACACCGAAGAGUUUAGCAAAUAAAAGGACUAAGAAAUCGUUACGUAAAGUAGGAAAUGAUUCUACUACAAUAAAUGAUGAUGAACAAUUAGCAUUGUAUUUCUUGUCGAAAUAA